AUGAAAUCAUCACAUACAACUUUAAUCUGUAUAAUCAUGCUCUCCCUCUUUGCUCUGCAUGAAUGUGAGAAGAUGGAGGUGAAAGAGAUAGGGAGAUCGAGCAAAAUCAUUUUACCAGCGUGUAUGCAUGAGACUUGCUCCGGUGGUUUCUCACUGAAAAAUGAUUGUUGGUGCUGCUUGCGACUUAAAACUAAACAAGCUCGUUGUUGGAAAGAAAAAGAAUUUCCCAACGCUAAGGAGCUUUGUUUCGCCAAUUGUCCCCCUCUUGAAUAA